AUGUUCUACAGUCACGAAAUUCUCACGUCGCGUGAGCAUGGUGUUGCGACAGUGUGGCUCGUCGCAACUCUCGGUGCAAAGUCAACUACUAGAAAGGUGAAUAGAAAGGCGAUAUUGGAGGUGGAUGUGCCCAAGGCAUGUGAUAUGAUUAUUCGACCAGAUGCCCCAAUGGCAUUGAGAUUACAGGGGAACCUGCUUUAUGGGGUAUCAAAGGUUUAUCAUCAACAGUGUGGGUAUGCGCUCAUAGACGCGGAGGCGACAAGGGAGCGGAUGAGAGCCAUGUUGAAAGUAAUCAAUAAUAAUGGGUUGGAUCCCGAUGCUGGAAAGGCCAGGCCUGAUCAAAUCAUGUUACCACAUGAUCCCGCUUUUAUACCAGAGCUCAUGCUUCCUGGGUUGAAUGUUGACCUGUCAGCUUUAGAUAUGGGGCUGGAGUGGGAGUCUCCUCGUAAAUCCAGCCUUCUAUCAAGCUACAUACCCCGAUCAACCGCUUCCAACAAGUCAGGUACAGAGAAACUGCAGCUAAACCUUUCAUCCUCGGAUAUCGGUGGCGUUCAGACAGUAGACGGUUUAGGAUAUAUAAGUGAAAUGAGCAGUGCGAGGAAGGAGCCGCAAGUAGAACUUCCAUCCUAUUUUAGAGAUGAGGCUGGCGUAUUACUACAGCCAGACUUUGAAUUCGACGGUGAUGGGAACAUUGUUGAACUAUCCCUCAAAAAAGCGACAAAGCUAAAGGAUUGUGAGGGAGGCGAUAUUCAUGUGAAAGAUGACCGCCUGAGUUUCCUGAGAAAUACAGGGAUCGAUUUCCUGGGCGAAGAUUACCAACUUGAUGGAGAUAUCCCAAUGCUUGAUAUUGACAUAGUUCGCAACGAAGGUGCUGAGGGUAUUCUCAUAUCUGACGGGACGCAGCCACGGGGGCAAGUGAAUGAUCCUGAUUACUCAAAGUUCCAUGAGAUUUCCUCAGAAACUGGUGAAACAAAGGCACGCUUCAGGCGAAAACAUCCCAAAAUGGUUGAGAUGGACGAGCCUGCUGAACUUAGAAACUCUGACCUAGCACAGUGGAAUUCAGGGUAUGCAGAGAACAUGGCUGCCGCCGCCAAAGCAAAGGUACACAAUAGGCUUAUCACCAUUGCCAAGAAGAAUGCAGCUUUCUGGGUUCUGGGCUCAGGGAUUGGGGCAGUAGGUAUCGGCCUGGGAGCAGGAGCAGUGCUACAUCCAUUGGAAGCGUUUUCUGGUGACCAGCUACUAGCAUCCUUGACCGGUGUUGCUUGCAGAGAGAGACGUAGGAAGAGAAGCCAUGAUGGAACGGGAGACCCCAAUGCAUCCGUUGAGAAGAGGGCUCGUACCAGAGCUGAUGACCCUGAAAUUGGUCUAUGCGAGGCUGUAGAAGCGGAUGAAUGUCCCGGUUUAGUAGUUGAAGAUAUAGAGGUCGGUCGACAGGCACCCGCGCCUCUUCGGGAUGACGAUCUAUCCCAUAUGCCAUGGAACAUCACUGCGUCUAUCAAGAGCUCGGCUCGACGUUCGUCAGUGUACUCUCGCCAGGUGUUCGCGAGCGGAGGCUUGUUUUCAAGCAUCGGUGGGCCGCGCUCUGUAGUAAGCCCCGGGCCGGAUGGCCUGCCCAAUGCAGCCUUCCGACGAGGGCGUCUGAGGAGCGCAAGUCCACUUGCUGGUCGCGGGGGCAUGGUAAAUAUCCAGCUGCCAAGUGACCAGGACAUUGACAUGGACACUUUCAGUGGCAUCGACGCAGUCCAUUGCGGCGACGAAGACGGCCAGCCAGAGGAGCAACCGGACCAGGAGAGAUGGAUCCAGAAGCCAAACUGGCAGAGUAGCAGCCUUGACCAAGAAACCAUCAACUUCUACGAGUACCUGAAGAUUCGGAUUGAGGAGGAUCCGGAGGUCGGAGGUGCAAAUCCAGGGGUAUCUUUCGCCUCGCUGCUUCCACCCAAAUCGAGCUCUCGCGUUGUCGCGACGCAGGCGCUGCUCCACGUUCUGACCCUCGCAACGAAUGGAGCUCUUCAAGUACAGCAGGAUAUCGCCAACGACCCAGUAAGCGUCCAAGAUACCGGGGAUAUCUUCAUGAUGCUUGGAAGCUAA